GGUUGAUUCCACGGGACUAUGAAAAUGAACUCAAAUUUAUAUCUAAUGUAGAAACCUAGAAAUUGUUGUUUAGUUGAUUAUCAACCAUUAGUGGAUAAUAUAGUAUACUUAGUACAUAGUAUAGUAGAUAUAGUAUAUACAGUGGAUAAUAUAGUAUACAUAGUAUAUAGUAUAGUAUAGUAUAUAUAUAGUAUAUACAUAUAGUGAAUAAAAGAUAGUAUGUAAUGAAACUUGUUACUCGAUAACACAGCAAAAAUAGCAUUUGUUGAGUAACAUGUUUUUCACAUUUGUUUGUAUCAGUGAUGGAAGAGUCCCAGAUUAGUGUGGGCUAAUGUAACUCUGCGAUCUUUACAAGCUUUUAUUACUUCUUCAUCGUUUGUAGAACCAGAAGGACUUGCAAUAUAUCUUACACCGCUCUGCAAUUAACAAAUACUAGAUUGCGUUGUCUAGAACAAACAAAUAAUGCAACAAACAAUUACAUACCAAUGCUGCUCGUACCACACAGUCUUUAAAUGGGAAGAAGCCAUCGCUACUUAAAGCAACGUUUCUUAUCAUUUCGUUCCAGUCGAACCUAUCACUUUCGGAAAGCUCGCCUGGUGUUUUAAAAUACGGACGACUCCAUUCAAGAUAAUCAAUGUCUUUCCCAAUAGAUCCAGUUACAUAAUUAUCAAUAGCGUUUGCAAUAUCUGCUCUUUUUAUACCCUUGUGAAACCUCAUGUCAAUAACAUUAGGAUGCUGACGUAACCACCUAAAAAACGGGCAAUUAUUAAAUACGUAAUUAAACAUUCAGAUAAUACAAGUAACUAAGUAUGUUUUAGAAAAAUAUACCAAUUAUCGGUUUUAUCACCAGCAAGCCUUGUACAUUGAAAUCCUGAUUGUUGUCCUGCACCAAUUCCAAUUACCUGUCCAUCUUUAGCAUAACAUACUGAAUGACUUUGUGUAUAUUUCACAGCAAUAGUAGCCACGAUUAAAUCCCUUAUAGUAUCAUCAGGUAUAUUUGAGACUUUUGUAGUUAUUAUAUUAGCAAACAUAUCUUUAUUAAUAACAAUAUCAUUGCGCUUUUGUUCCAUAGUUAAACCAAACAGAACUUUCUGCUCCAUUGAAGAUGGCACAUAAGUAGGAUCAAUCUGAAGAAUGCAAUAAGCACCAUUUUUUUUCUUUUUUAAGAUUCUUAAUGCACUCUGUGAAUAACCUGGCGCAAUAAUUCCAUCAGACACAUCUCUAAAAGUUUAUUUAUAUGAAUAUAAAUAGUGUAAAUUCUUUUGUUUAAAAAAUAAUAUCAUAUUUUGUAUUACCUAAAAAUAAGUCUAGCUGUAAUUUCAUCACAAGGAUCUGAUAAUGCUAUAAAAUCUCCAAUACUAGACAUCAUAUCUGCACCUCUUGCACGAGCAUAAGCAGUUGCUAAAGGUGUGAAAUGAUCUAUUAAAUCAUCCACUUGACAUACUUUUGCAUCUAGCAUAUCUAAUGGUACGGCAACUGCUGCACCAGCAGGGCUAACAUGUUUAAAAGAUGUUGCAGCUGGUAAAUUCAGAGCUGUUCUUAAUUCCUUUACCAACUGAUAACCAUUUAAUCCAUCGUAGAGAUUAAUAAAACUUGGAGAACCAUUUAUUACAGUUAGUGGCAAUUUGUCCAAAGUAGUAUAAAUUUGUGCUGGUUUCUGGUGCGGAUUCAUUCCAUAUCGUAAUGUUAAUUGAGAAACACCACUACUAUAUUGUUUACGGAAAUAAUCUGAGAUAGCAUUGUUAUAUUCUGCAGUGUGAGUAAAUGCUUUGAGAGCUAAUAUUUCCCUAAAAAUGGUAAAAAUAAUAUUAAAAUUAUGUCGGAGGAUAGAAAAGCAUUUACUCUAUUAUUAAGAUUUCUACAUACCUAGUUUUCAAAGAAGUAUCUUUAUCAGCUGACGUUUCUAUUUCUAUUCUUACUUUGUCAUAAUCAUUAGGGUCACAUACAACAGUCACUCUAUUAUGAUUCUUGGCUGCAGCUCUCAAUAAUGUUACUCCAUCAAUAUCAAUAUUUUCUACUGCGUUUUCGAUUGUAACAUCAGGUUUUGAGACAGUAUUUACAAAAGGAUACAGAUUACAUACUACAAGUUUAAUAAGCUCAUAAUUUUGGUUCUGAAGAUCUUUUUGAUCAGACUCUGUGAGCCUGGCUAAUAUGCCUACAAUUCGAUACAUGUAAUAUAAUAGUCGCAGUAUGAAUGAAAUGUUUUAUUAACUUGAUAAUAAAAUUCAAUCGUUGAUAUAAAUUAUAAUUAUAAUUUACCUGCAUGUAUAGCAGGAUGAAGAGUUUCUCCUCUGCCAUUGAGCAUCUCAGGUGCUCCAGUAAUAGCAGAAACAUCUUUUACAGGAAUACUAGCAUCUCUUAAAAAUUUUGCAGUACAACCUGAUGCAACUAAGGUUAAAUCCAAUUCAUGCAGCCUUUUUGCAAACGGCAAAAGGUUUGUUUUAUCUGAUACACUUAACAGUACUGCAAACGUAAUGGUGUAAGUAAGAUAAGUUAAUGAUACGUAUAUACAAAAACGUUACUAAUUAUUAAUUACUAAUAAUAACAUUACUAACUUUCGUUUUAAAAGCAUGUUCGUUAAUAUGCUUAUAAUAAUAGUAAUAUAUUUAAGAAAUAAUGUUGGAUAUAAUUUAUGUAUACAAUAUAUAUAUACAAUAUUAAAUGAAUGUAUAUCUAGAAAAUAUUGAGAAAUUGGCCACGAGUUCCAAGAGGCUAUCGUUACAGAUUUAAUUCUUUAUUUACUGUAACAUUACAAAAUGAUUAAUUAUAACUCACCUAAAUUUCCUGCAGACAUUGUGUAAAUUUAACAAAACGACUAAGAUCUGAAAAUUAAAGUAAAUUUCAGUAGUACUAUAUGUAUAAAGCUGCAGCUGCACCGGUCGUCACGUUCUCGGUUCUAGAUCUUUACGAAAGAGAGUCCGCGAGAGCCCGUGAGUUCAAUAUAAGUCCCGCCUACACUCCCCUUAGUUCGCAUACUACUACAAGAAAUUUAGUACUGUUAAGUGUAUCAGAUAAAACAAACCUUUUACCGUUUGCAAAAAAGCUGCAUGAAUUGGAUUUAACCUUAGUUGCAUCAGGUGGUACUGCAAAAUUUUUAAGAGAUGCUAGUAUUCCUGUAAAAGAUGUUUCUGCUAUUACUGGAGCACCUGAGAUGCUCAAUGGUAGAGGACAAACUCUUCAUCCUGCUAUACGUGCAGGCAUAUUAGCCAGGCUCACAGAGUCUGAUCAAAAUGAUCUUCAGUACCAAAAUUAUGAGCUUAUUAAACUUGUAGUAUGUAAUCUGUAUCCUUUUGUAAAUAAUGUCUCAAGACCUGAUGUUACAAUCGAAAAUGCAGUAGAAAAUAUUGAUAUUGAUGGAGUAACUUUAUUGACUGCUGCAGCCAAGAAUCAUAAUAGAGUGACUGUUGUAUGUGACCCUAAUGAUUAUGACAAAGUAAGAGUAGAAAUGGAAACAUCAGCUGAUAAAGAUACUUCUUUGAAAACUAGGGAAAUAUUAGCUCUCAAAGCAUUUACUCACACAGCAGAAUAUGACAAUGCUAUCUCAGAUUAUUUCCGUAAACAAUAUAGUAGUGGUGUUUCUCAACUAACAUUACGAUAUGGAAUGAAUCCGCACCAGAAACCAGCACAAAUUUAUACUACUUUGGACAAAUUGCCACUAACUGUAAUAAAUGGUUCUCCAAGUUUUAUUAAUCUCUACGAUGGAUUAAAUGGUUAUCAGUUGGUAAAGGAAUUAAGAACAGCUCUGAAUUUACCAGCUGCAACAUCUUUUAAACAUGUUAGCCCUGCUGGUGCAGCAGUUGCCGUACCAUUAGAUAUGCUAGUCGCAAAAGUAUGUCAAGUGGAUGAUUUAAUAGAUCAUUUAACACCUUUAGCAACUGCUUAUGCUCGUGCAAGAGGUUCAGAUAGGAUGUCUAGUGUUGGAGAUUUUAUAGCAUUAUCAGAUCCUUGUGAUGAAAUUACAGCUAGACUUAUAUCUAGAGAUGUGUCUGAUGGAAUUAUUGCGCCAGGUUAUUCACAGAGUGCAUUAAGAAUCUUAAAAAAGAAAAAAAAUGGUGCUUAUUGCAUUCUUCAGAUUGAUCCUACUUAUGUGCCAUCUUCAAUGGAGCAGAAAGUUCUGUUUGGUUUAACUAUGGAACAAAAGCGCAAUGAUAUUGUUAUUAAUAAAGAUACGUUUGCUAAUAUAGUAACUAAAAAAGUCCCAGAUAUACCUGAUAAUGCGAUAAGGGAUUUAAUCGUGGCUACUAUAGCUGUGAAAUAUACACAAAGUAAGUCAGUAUGUUAUGCUAAAGAUGGACAGGUAAUUGGAAUUGGUGCAGGACAACAAUCAAGAAUUCAAUGUACAAGGCUUGCUGGUGAUAAAGCCGAUAAAUGGUGGUUACGUCAGCAUCCUAAAGUUAUUAACAUGAAGUUUCACAAGGGUAUAGAAAGAGCAGAUGUUGCAAACGCUAUUGAUAAUUAUCUAAAUGGAUCUAUUGGGAAAGUCAUGAAUUAUAUUGAGUGGAGAAAUCUGUUUGUUAAAAGUCCAGACCUGCUUUCUGAAAGUGAUAGAUUAGAAUGGAUCAAGAUGGCAAAUGACAUUGCUUUAAGUAGCGAUGGCUUCUUCCCAUUUAAAGACAGUGUGGAACGAGCAGCAUUGAGCGGUGUAAAAUAUAUUGCAAGUCCUUCUGGUUUUACAGACGAUGAUGAAGUAUUAGACACUUGUGAAUUCCGCAGAAUUGCAUUAGUCCACACUAAUCUGAGACUCUUCCAUCACUGAUACAAGUAAA